AUGCUCGGCAAACGUCUCCAAGGCUCCUAUGCGGAUAACAAUUCUGAUACCUUAUUCUCGCCUUCAUGGAGUAGUCGACUGGGCAAGGCCUUUGGCAAAGACUUGCAGAUCUUGUUCUUUGAUGGCUUCCGUUCCGCAAUGUCCCCCGGUGUCUCUCGGUGGAGACAGCAAGAAUGCUACGUCUGGUCCGGGGUACAAGAACUCCUGGAAAAAGGGGCACCGCCAGAUGUGCGUAUCAUCUCCAUCCACUCCAGCGGCUGUGUGCAGCCUCUUCACAUCAGAGCUCCGAUGAUGCACCAAAUCCUGGAAAGAUAUCAUGUUGCCGAAGACUUCCUCACCGUUCUCGAGUCAAUCGGUGACGCACCACAGCUCUCGAGAGCCGGGUUGGACGGCGCGUUUCGCAAAUCCGCAGAUGGACAGUCAAGUAUCUGCUCCUAUCGAAUACAAUAUCCAGAACUCAAUCAACGUUCACCACAUGUCCCGUUCUCGUUGAGACAUACCGGCGUCUACCAUCAACGGAACACGAAUUCAAAACCGUUUGACCUGUUCAUCCUCCUCCACCCCAUACAUAACAGUCCUUUGGAGACUUCUUUGAGAUCAUUAGCGACCCCGAAUCCUAAUGACCAGUCCCAGCUCGCCCGAUGCCUUCAACAGGACGUGUCGUUUCUCCAUGCAUACAUACUCGAGCUUUACAUGGUCAAUUGGAAGGAUUAUCUCCAUCAUCUAAACGAGCACUUCGUAUCGCAGAACGACGAAAUCGAGACCUUUGAUGUGAACUCGGCUAGCUUUACGCAAGGGUUGGUCCCAGCCCAAGGAUUGAGACAUUUGUACGACUGCGCCGUCAUUGCGAGAAUCCUGUGCGUAGCCAAUGUUUCAAUCGUUGAAUCAUUAGCCAGUCACUUUCCUGAAGCUGCUGGGUCGAACCGGCAACCCAUCUACGUGAUCGAACGUGAGGACUGCGACCGACUUGAUAAGUGUCAACAAGGCUUUGCCAUGCUUCAAGACCGAGUCAACAACACCAAUGGACUGCUUGAGUAUGCUGUGAACUUCCGCAAUCAAGAGAUCUCGGCAAAAAUCAACGAGACGCUCAGAAACGACAGCCAGACCGUCCGGAUCAUUACUAUCCUAUCCCUGAUAUUCCUCCCUGGCAGCUUCACUGCGACCUUGUACGGUAUGAACUUCUUCGAAUUCAGCCCUACUUCCAAUGGCCUCGUGCUAGGGUCGAACUUUUGGAUUUUUGUCGCCACUUGGCUUCCCGUAACGUUCCUGACUCUGUGCAUCUACAUGGCGGUGAAGUGGAGGACAGACAACGUACACGCUGAGGCUCAAGCACGAACUUCACUCAACCUCUCCUUCCGUGCCCAAAGUUGGAGAAGAAAAAGGGGCCCCGGUGUGAUGGACUACGCCAGCGGCGUAUAA